AUGACCCCAGUUCUAAGCAAAAAUGCGAUGCCACCUGUUGGACCCUAUUCUCAAGCGAUGAAAACACCACAUGCUAUUUACUGCUCAGGCCAGCUUCCAGCCGAUGCGCAAGGAAAUCUCGUGGAGGGUAGUAUGGCCGAAAAGACUAAAGCUUGCCUUCAGGCCCUUUCCGUUAUCCUCGAUGAGGCCGGUUCCUCGGUGGAUAAACUCGUGAAAGUGAACAUCUUCCUCACGGAUAUGGAUGAUUUCGUGGAGAUGAAUAGGGAGUAUAAGAAAUGGAUUAAGCACAAGCCAGCAAGGAGUUGUGUCGCCGUCAAGCAGUUGCCGAAGGGGGUCAAUAUCGAAAUUGAGGGGAUUGCCCUGCCCUGA